AUCGAACAUGAUGAGGAAUUUCUUUCAUGCUUCGAGACUUGCAAAAAUAUUUUGAUAAAUGAGCCUAUCUUGCAAUAUCCCGACUUCACAAAACAAUUCAAUUUGACCACCGAUGCAAGUAAUGUUGCAUUAGGCGCCAUCUUGUCCCAGGGACCAACAGGUAAUGAUUUACCUGUGGCGUAUGCCUCGAGAACACUAAAUGAUUCAAAACAGAAUGAUUCGGUUAUUGAAAAAGAACUGUUGGCAAUCGUUUGGGCUACUAAAUAUUUUCGCCCAUACCUGCCAACCAGCAAGCCAACCACUUUAAAAACGGUAAAUAAUAAGUCUAAAACAGUUUUAACAAACUCCCAAGAAAAGGUUCAUAUGGACAACCUAAAACGUCCUCUUGAGAAAACAUAAUUUCUAAUUUCAACAUUAUAUAUUAUUUCAGAUUUCCUGUUGUUUUCGGACUUCAUGAUAAAAUUACUCUAAGAAAUUUGGAAAAUAAUCCAGGCCAAAUCCCACUGAAACUAGGAACCGCUAAAAUCGAAGAAUACACCCACGCUCUGAUUCAUUAUUAUGAUAUGUCUCCGAUUAUUAUCGAAAUCGAUAAGCUUCAAUCACAAUCAAAUGUACUGAUGAGUACUAUUGCAAAAAAUAAAGAUUAUCUCCAUGACACCUCAAAUUACUUGAAAAUUUUGACAUUUAACAAAGAGAAAGUAGAAAGUAAAUUGAAAGAAAUCAUACCCCAUUCUCAACGAACAAAACGUGGUCUCUACAAUGGUAUAGGUUCAAUAUUUAGAUCUAUGACUGAAAAUCUUGAUUCCGCUGAUGGCGAAAGAUAUGAAAACUUGAUCAGAGAACAUCAAGAUAACCAGAGUAAAUUGAGUAAUAGCAUUAAAAAGCAGAACAGUCUGACCAUUGAUUUGAUAAAUACAUUUAAUGACACAGUUCAACAGAUAAGUCAUAAUGAAAAUUUAGAUUCAAAUAUUCGACAAAUUUUUCAUAUAAUAAAUCAAACUACGUACAGAGAAAAUUCAACUUUUAUCAAGGAUAUUUUGAUUCGUAAACAUGUACGAAAUAAUAAAUUCAAUAUUGCAAGAUGUCGAGAAUUCGAUUUCAUUUUCCAAACAAAACAGUUUGAGGCUAUAAUUCCUCGAAAAAGAUAUUUAUUGAGAAAUCAGUUGUACUAUACAUUCCAAAACUACGAAUGUCUACGAGUUUCACUGAAAUUCUAUAUUUGCAAAAAAUUACACCUUCAAGAAGUCGGAAAAAGCAACCCAGCAUACAAGAUUCAGAUGCUGAGUGUACAUAAUAUAACAUCUUGCAAUCGAGUUCGAAUAGAGCUCACUAAACCAAUCUUCAAUAGACUGGAAGAUUCCAAUCAAUGGAUCGUAUUACUGCCAUCCAUGGAGACCCUUAAGUUCAUCUGUGAAGAACAAGAAGAGAUUUUAAAACUCACCGGAACCUACUUAAUAGAAAUUCCAGUAGGUUGCCAAAUAAUCUGCCAGAAGGAAAUAAUCGCCAACGAUAGAAUUUCUACAGUCCCGAAACAGCCAAUCCUACUGCCUGAUCUGAGCCUAGAAGUCGA